AUGCAAAGUUUCUCCUCCUCCUACGAUGAGGAAAUUAACAACGGAAACAAUAUCAACCUAUUUGAGGAACAAAACUUUACCAGAGUUCGAGUUCAUGAACUUUCCUUGCCACACACAAGGCGUGGAAAGAAACGCUGCAGAGAGGCGUGUAGGUGUUGCAUCGUUGCACUGAAAGGUUUGUUAUUGCUAGUGCUGGUAAUUUGCUACGCAUCUUCACAGGUGUACUAUGGACCAGGAGUAGAUGGACGAUGGGGAUAUUAUGUUUAUGUGGGCCCAACUUAUGACUACUCUUUCUUGGAUCCGAAUUACGUUGGAAGACGUUUAGGCUGCAGAGAGGGCUGUGUGAGGAUCAUGUCCGGCUGUUCGUGUAAGGGACCCCCAAGCGGACCGAAUUACAAUUCGGGCUCCGGAUCUGUGAUUGUCACGUCAUGGCCACGACCACCCAGGCGCAAACCUAAAAUCCCCCUCUUGUAUUAAAUAUUACAAUUCUU